GAGACAAUUAUUUUUAGUUUACAUAAUUUAGAUUUUUCUUCUGGGAACUGCACUCGUGUUUUCAUUGACUCAAAAUGAAUCUAAAGAGUCUAAAAGUAUUUUGUCCCCUUUAAAGCACUACGCUCGAAAAUGUGAUUUAUAAGAGCGUAAAGAUUCUCUGAUAUGAAAAACAAAUGUAACACUGAAGAUGCAACAUGUUUUCAUGUGAUCUUAAAGUUACUAAUCGGUUUGCAGUCGCUCGACUGCUUAUUCUGCUCCGCUCUUCAAAUCUUGUUCAAGGUAAUUAAUUAAUUAAUUGAAUCGAUCUAAACACUGACAGGCACAAAUACAUCAAAAAAUGUCUUGUUAAUUUAAAAGCACUUACAAAUCAUUUGUAAAUUUAGAAAUUCAUUACAAACUCAUGCUAUUAAUUUAACCAUUCAGCAGCCACAGGAAGAGUUGGACUUUGCUGAAUAGCGGCUGAAAAUGAAGAUGUUAUUUUAUGUUAUUUAUUUUGGUGCAUUUCAGGUAACUUGGUGUUUAUCUGUUCAUUUAACUCUUAAUUAUGUUUAGCUUCCAACACGGAUCAUGUCAGUGGUUUAAAAAGUUUUCUAAUAGAAGAGCGUCCAACACGUUUAAUAUAUUUAUGCUAAUUACUAAUGAAUAAUUGGUUGUUAAGGCAGCUGACUGUCAAAGAGAAAGAAAUUGUUUGUUACAAGACUCACAUUACCGCAUCACGUCAGCUCCUUCCUAGUGAGAAACGUUAACGCUACAUAUGACAGCGCCGACAGGGUUUACAGCGCUCCAUCACAUCUCAAACAUUAAGUCCUGAUCCAGAUGUCUUAGCAAACUGAAGCCAAAUAUAUAAUUAAUGAACCACGAAGAGCCUUUUCAACACAAAGUUAAAGGACAAUGUUUGUAUUGUUCAAAUGUUACAAAUCUCAUGUGAAGAUUGAAACCAACAGUGUUUUAGUCCGACUCUCUAAUCUGACUUCCUGUCUGUGGCUCUGAGCUCCAAGCUGAUUGGUUCCUCCUGGAGAAUAAAAUCUUGUAAAAGCCACAAAUAUGUAAAGACUUCAAAAGAAAUAUCUAAAUAUAAAUUCUGUAUAUUUGAAACUGUUUGAAUAGUCACUUUUUCAGGUGUCAAUACAUCAGUACGAGCUGCAUUUCAUUGCUCUUCUCUCUGACAGUGAGUCGACACAGUGCUGACCACCAAUCAAUCAAUCAAUCAAUCAAUCAGUCAAUCACAACUUUAUUUACAAAGCAGGAUUAACCCUCUCAGGGGCCUUUUGGCGACGACGAGCUGUGGCCACACUGUGACCCUCCUUCUCCCGCUCUGCUAACUGUAUGUGGUUGUUAGUCAUAUAUUUGUGGCAUAAAGGGCUUUUUGUUUUGGAGCACAGCAGCACAAGGAGAAACUGUAAACCUGCUCUUUGUAACAAGCCGCAGUCCUUCAGAGGACAGAACAGCUCGGUGCUUCCUGUUUCUCCAGCAGGUACUCCAACGCUGACUUUUACUUUGAAAUCACUGCAGGAACAUCCUCUAAACAUGUAAUGUUGGUUUAAUUCACUGUGUUCACGUCCAUUUGAUUGUAAGUUAUUGCAUUUACACCUUCUGUGUUUUACAGUUUAUUUGGUGCAGUUGUUAUUUUUCUUUUGUAAACUAACUGGUAACUGUGUGUUUUAAGUGCUGCACAAAUAAAAUGUAUUGUUAUUAUCUGCCUGUGACAGCUUUUAGAUAAAUGUACAUGCAUUGAGUCUGAUAAGUGGCUGUUAGAUGAGUUUUCACCUGAUAUUAAGUUAUUUUGAUGUAAUUACUGGGCGAUCUGCUGCCCUACAUUAAUAGGUACAUUCUUCUUUUAUAAUUUUUGCUUGUACUUUACUUUGAGGCAGUUGCAUGUUCACUUUUGUAAGUGGUCUGCGUGUUUCUAACAUGGUUGAUUCCUACUGAAGACAUGGUGGGCCUGUAAAUAUAAGAUUUUUACUUUUAUUGUGAAAAUCACCAACGAAUGCUACCGGAAGUGAUUGUGCCCGCUGUGGCGAACCUUCUAACUUUGUCCGUGAUGUACCAGCGGUUGGAUGGGUAGGCGUCACACUAAAGCGGAGAACCAGAACCAGAACCAGAGGAUCUUGGGUGGAUGAACCUGUUUAAGUGAACUUCACGUAUGUUUCACCUCAGACUGCUGUUAGAAAAGAAUGCUUAAGGACGUUAACGUAGGGUGCUAGCAGGAAAUAGACGGAGGCGAAACAGAGUGCUGGUCGGUCCGAGUGGCCUUGAUUAAGACCAAAAUACAUUUUUCAUCGAUCCAAACCUGUAAACCUGAGACUCUGUGCUGUAAAGGUGUUUUAUAAUCUGAAUUAUCUCCCGGUGUCCUACGAUGCUGAUGGAGCUAGCUUAGCUUUCUACCAGGAACUAGACGGACCCGACAGCGCACAAUAGAGGGACCAACGGUUUUUUCUGGAGGACUCGCCGACGAAAGAAAUGUCUAAAGUCCAAACGCUGAGAGUUGUUGUGAAGCAGCGACUAACUGCGGCUGCUGAAGAGAUAUUUGAGCUGUUUGAAAGAACGAUAGCAGAGUACGAGGAGGAACUGUGUCGACAACGGAAACUACUGGACGCUGUUUUCCAGCCUCAGGUCCAGUUACACAGAACAGUUCAGACCUUCACUCCUGUCCCUGUGAAGAGUGAAGAAGAUGAAGAGGAACCUCAGUCCUCACAGCUUCAUCACAUCAAACCUGAAGAGAUCAGACAUGGAGAACAUUUGAAAACAGAAGCUGGUGUAGAGGACUGUGGAGGACCAGAACCAGUCAAGGACUCAGAUCCAGAUAGAUAUUUACAGCCAAAGGAAAUAGACGGAGCCCGACAGUUAAAGAUGGACGUCCAGUUCAGCAGAGCAGUCUCCACAGACGUCCAGCAGCUGUUGGUGAUUAAAGAAGAAGUGGAGUGGAGUUCCAGUCUGAACCAGGACGACCCACCAGCACUGCCACAGGAGGAACUCUGGACCCGUCAGGACGGAGAGCAGCUUCGAGGGUUGGAGGACACCAGAGAGCCACAAUCAGGUUCAAACAUUCUGCAAAUACAUAAAGUAUCUGUAAGUGAUGUGGAAUAUACGACAGGAACAACAUUAACAAACUCUCAUGAAUGUGCUACAGGCUUUGGACACAGUGGCCCUCUACAGAACCAAGUGGCACCAUUUAGUUGCGCAUUUUGUGGUAAAAGAUACCCUCGGAAGAACUCUUUAAGGUCUCACAUGAGGCUUCAUGUAGAAGGGAAACGUUUCAGCUGCCCAGUUUGCCAAAAAGAUUUUCAGUGGAAAAGAGAUGUGGUGGCGCACAUGAGAAGCCACACAGGAGAGAAACCGUUCAGUUGUUCAGUUUGUGGCAUGAGAUUCGCACGGAAGGAGGAUCUGAAUCGGCACUUGAGAGUCCACACGGGGGAGAAACCAUUUAGCUGUUCAGUUUGUGGGAAAAGAUUUGCAAGAAACGCACAUCUGAAGCGACACUCGGCCAUCCACGGGGUGAAAACAUUUCCUUGAAGCCUUCGUAGUAAAAGAUUCACUCGGUUUGCCUCUCUUGAACAUUCAGUGUGUUGAUGAGAGCAGCAGAAAGAAGUGAAGACUUCACUAAACACUGAUUAGUUCACACUUGUGAUACAGACUCCAAAAUCCGUCUUAUUGUCAUCGAUCACGGUCAUUUUAAUCGUCUUUUUAUUUAAGGGGAACACUUGGUUGUUUUAAAUCAGCUGUUCUUUUUUAAUCUAACGUCUGUUUAUUGAUUUAAAAUGUCAUUAUUUCGUCAGCACUUAGGUCAGUACGUUGUUUGACUAUGUGUGACUGACUCAAGACGCUUCUCCCAAUAUCACUAUUUAUUUCAAAUUUAAUGGACUCUUCUUUCACACAGAUGCAGGGCUGCCCCUGAUUAAUGUUUGUCAGCAUCAACUACUAGUCAUUAGUCUAAAUCAAUUUAUUUCUAAAGCCCAAAGUCACAAUCACAUCGCCUCAGUGGGCUUCACAUCGACCAUAGACCCUCGAUUCUAAUAAAAAUAGAUGGAAGAAAACCUCAGGCAGAGCCUCAGAGGAGGAGACGGACAGAUACAAGUUACUUAUAUAAAAUAUACAUGACGUGUUUGGAUUCAGGAGGACGACUGACAAACUUUGUAAAAGUUGUUUAAGCUGUUUUAUGUGUCAUUUGGCUGUUGAUGUACUUACAUGUACUGUUGGUGAUGGUCAGCUGAAGUUCACCUUAGUUUCUGAUUUCUUUUUAUAAGUAAGACGUAAUUAUAUUUCAUUUACUUGCAGAUUUACCUCAGGUGGUAUUGUUGAUGUAUUUUCUACUAUUUGUUUCUUGUUGGUCCUUUUGUUCUUUGUUGAUAUGUUAUAAACUUAUAGGAUUUAUUGAUUAGGUACAAAAACACUGUAUUUUGUACUUUAUAUAUAUAUAUAUAUAUUUAUAUAUCUGUGGUCUUGAAAUGACAUGAAUGAAUAAAUGAAUGAAUGAAUGAAUGAAUGAAUGAAUGAAUGAAUGAAUGAGUGAGUGAAUGAAUGAGUGAAUGAUGUUUCAGUGUUACUGGAGCUACAGAUCUUUUAUUUUAUUUAAAGUUCUUUGCUGAGAAAUGGUAGAAAACAAUCCAAAACAAUAAUCUGUUAAAUAAAUCACCAUCCUGAAUUCCUCUC